GAAUUAUUUGCUCCAUCCUUUUGAAGCUGAGUAAUUGGACUCAUCGAAUUUUCAUUCCCAGCUUUGAAUGCCGGUCUCCAGAGGUCUGUAUUAUGACCGUUUCUGUAUGCACAGUUUUAUUUUUGGUAAUGAACUUCAAAGACGGUUCUUCCUCCUCGAUCUUCUCAAACCAGCCCCGCAGGAUGUCCGGGUUUGCUGGGGCGAUCCUCCUCCAUCAUCCAUCCAGACGUGAUACCGAGUCUGAGGACAUGGUCACUGUGGAUAGUCUUCGCGAGACCGGGAUAAGGCAAUCGCAACAUUGUCGUGUCAAGAUCAGAUUAUCUCUGACGAUACAUAAGCCGAUAUGGAGUAACUGCAAGCGAAGGGGAAGCCCCGACGGUGUAUGAAACAGCCUAAGUGAAUAAACGAUGCUAUAUGGCGCAUAUCAGACUCUCGCCCCUAUGCCCAAGCACGCCAGGUCAGAAAUUCGUGGACUUGGCCAGGUUUGCUCGCUCAGAUGUAGCGAAACAU